AUGACAGAGGAGCGAGGGAGGAAACUGAACCGAACUGACCAGAUAAACACGAAAUGGCGCCAUCUUGGAUCGCCGGGGCUUGGCGUGCGGCCGCCACCCCUGAGGACCCUGGAGGACUUCAUCCUCUGCUGCCCUCGCUACGCGCUUCCAAACGUGCGGGACGCGGACCGCUGGAACAACCGCGUCAUCAACAACCUGCUGUACUACCAGAGCAACUACCUCCUGUGCGCGGGGGCGUGCGUGCUGUGUGCGGGGGUUGUGCGUCCGCUGCAGCUGGCCCUGGGGGUGGUGGUGGUCAGUGUGUGCUUCCUGGGCUUCCUCUUGGCGGUGGAGAACCGGGCUGCUGUGAGGCGCACUCGUAGGAACCACCCGGCGCUGUGUGUCCUGGGCCUGCUGUGUGUGUGCUGCCUCCUGCUGGCGGCGCUGGGGAGUGCGGCCGUCUUCAUCCUCGCCGUUGCCACGCCCGUCCUCUUGACUCUGGUCCACGCCUCUGUACGUCUGCGGAGCCUGAAGAACAAGAUGGAGAACAAGCUGGAGAGCAUCGGGCUGAAGAGGACCCCCAUGGGCCUGCUGCUGGAGGCGCUGGGCCAGGAGCAGGAGGCCGGCUCCUGA